UUGUGUUGUACAAGGAACCAAGCCUCUGUUUCCUUAGUCUGUUUGUUCCUGGCAAUUCAAUUGGCACAGUAACAUCAUCUUGUGCAAAACUGAAACAAUUGCAGUUAGUGGAGGUUUUCUAGUUGAGUGUGCCUUCAUUUGUUCAGUUCAGAACAAGUUGAUCUCGCUGAAAUUUGUGAUUUUGAUCAUCUGGGUUGUUUUGUGAAGUCUUGAAAAGCAUAAAAAAAAAAGUUAUGGCAGAUUUGUUCAGUGGAGGUGCUGUUGGAGCUGCACUACAAGGGGUGCUGGAAUAUGCUAUUCAAACCAUAGACAAAGGUCGAGAUUUCAAGCCUACCCUGACAAAGAACAUGGAUACCUUGGAUGCUUUGACUCCACUGGUUGAAGAGAUCAAACGGUAUAGCAAUGAAUUGGAUCACCCCAAACACGAAGUAGAAAGGUUGGAGAAAGAACUAAGAGCAGGUAAAGAGCUUGUGAACAAGUGCUCCAAAUUUCGGUGGUGGAGGUUUCUUUCAUUCCCUCAGAACCGUGACAAGCUUGUAGAGAAGGACCAGAAGCUUGUGAGGCAUUUAUCUGUGGAUAUACAAGCCCAGAUAGCAAGAGAUUUGAUGGAGACUUUGUCCAAGGUGAGACAGAUUCUGGAUAUUCUUGUGAGGGAAUGUGGUGUGGUGGGAAAUCAUGGAGAGAGGGAACUGUUGAGGGGUUUAAGUGGUGCUCCUGAGAAUCCUGAAUUUACUGUGGGGUUGGAUGAGCCUUUGAAGAAGUUGAAGAUUGAGCUUCUCAAAGAUGGUGCUGUGUCUGUGCUGUUGUUGACCGGUUUAGGGGGAUCUGGAAAGAGCACAUUGGCCAAGAAACUAUGUUGGGACGACCAAGUCCAAGACAAGUUCGGUGGGAACAUCUUCUUUGUGACCGUCUCAAAAACACCCAACUUGAAGACCAUUGUACAGACUUUAUUUGAGCACUGCGGACCUCGGGUGCCAGAGUUUCAAAGUGAUGAAGAUGCAAUUAACCGUUUAGGACUUUUGCUGAGGCGAGUUGGGGUAGGUGAAAGGCCAAUAUUGUUGGUCUUGGAUGAUGUUUGGCCUGGCUCAGAAGGACUUAUUGAAAAGUUUAAAUUCCAGAUAUCAAAUUAUAAGAUUUUGGUUACUUCAAGAGUUGCAUUUCCAAGAUUUGGCAACCCAUGCCACUUGAAGCCACUCGAUCAUGAUGAUGCAGUAUCCCUUUUCCAUCACUUUGCUCAAUUGAAAUGCACUGGCUCAUACAGGCCUCAUGAAAACCUUGUCCAAGAGAUAGUGAGAGAAUGUAAAGGUUCACCUUUGGCUCUUGAAGUCAUUGGCGGAGCACUUUGUAAGCAGCCUUUUGUGAUGUGGCAAAUAAUGAAGGAACGGUUGAAAAGUCAGUCCAUUCUUAAGUCAAAUAAUGACUUACUUAAUCGCCUCCAGAAUUGCUUAGACAUAUUGGAAGAUGAGUCCUCUAUCAAGGAGAAGGAGUGUUUCAUGGACUUGGGGCUAUUUCCUGAAGAUCAAAGGAUCCAUGUUCCUGCCCUGAUUGACAUGUGGGCUGAACUGUAUGAACCAGAUGAUGAUGGAAACAGAGCAAUGAACAUCAUCCAUAAUUUAACCAACAAGAAUUUGGUUAAUCUCAUAGUUACAAGGAAAGUUGCACUUGACACAGAUUUGUACUGCAAUAAUCACUUCCUCAUGCAGCAUGAUCUCCUUAGAGAGCUAGCAAUCCAUCUAAGCAGCCAAGAACCAUUUGAACAAAGGGAAAGACUGAUGAUUGAGUUGAGUGGAAAUAAUCGUCCUGAAUGGUGGGUUGGACAGAAAGAGCAGGGUAUCAUUUCCCGUCUAUUGUCUUUAUUCUUUCCCAUAAGGUGGAUGGAGCAGAAGCAGAAACAAGUGGUUGCCGGCACAUUAUCUAUUUCAACCGAUGAAACAUUCAAUUCAGAAUGGUGCAACCUGCAAGCAGAUGAAGCUGAGGUUCUGAUUUUAAACAUUCGAUCUGGCAAGUACUCAUUGCCAGGGUUCACUGACAAAAUGAGUAAACUCAAAGUUUUGAUAGUCACAAAUUACGGUUUCCAUCCAUCUGAACUAAACAAAUUUGAGUUACUUGGUUAUUUACCUUGCUUGAAAAGAAUAAGGUUGAAGAAGGUUUCAGUGUCAUGCUUAUGUAAAAUGAGAAGCCUGAAAAAGCUAUCCCUUUAUAUGUGUAACACAAGGGCAGCUUUUAAUAGCAGUUCCAUCCAAAUCUCUGAUGCAUUGCCCAAUCUAGAGGAGUUGAACAUUGACUAUUGCAAUGAUCUGGUGGAAUUACCAUCUGAGCUAUGUAAAAUUGCCACCUUGAAGAAGCUUAGCAUUACAAGUUGUCACAAGCUUUCGACACUUCCCCAAGAAAUUGGAAAACUUGAGAAUUUGGAAGUGCUUAGGCUUAGUUCCUGUUCUGCUUUGCAAGAGAUGCCAAAAUCUGUUGGAAAACUCCAUAAGCUAUGUUGUCUUGACAUCUCAGACUGUGUAAGCCUUAUGCGAUUACCAGAGGACAUUGGUGACUUGCAUAGUCUUGAAAGGAUUUAUAUUUGGGGUUGCACGAGGUUGAAUGAAGUUCCAUAUUCGGUCAUGAACUUUGGGGAUUCAAAGCAUGUAAUAUGUGUUGUCUGUGAUGAAGAGGGGGCUGCUCUAUGGGGACAUUUCUCUAACCUUUCCAAUCUGAAGAUAGAAGUGUGUAAAGCUGAUAUUAGCUUAGAUUGGCUUCCUGGAGUUCGUUCUUGAGUUGAGACUAGUUUCUUGAUGCUGCUAAAGUGGCUUUGGAGUAAUGUGAAGUUGAGACAUCAUUCUCCUUGUGUGUUUUACCAUUUUCCAUCAUGUUUCAAUGUAAAAGAAAUGUAAUGUUCUUCUACUAUUUUAGCCUACAAAUCUUUCUACUCAUGUAAAAGUAACACACGUCAUCAAAAGUAAGAAAAAGAUUAAAAAAUGAUAUUUUUCAGAAGACGCAUGUCAUUUAGUUUUUGUAAGUAGGAGAAUUGCAAGCUGCAAUAGUAGGAUAUAACGUUUUUCUUCCAUGUAAAUGUCUCGUAAGAAGUAGGAAUAGAUUAUGUUAAUGCAAUUCACCAAUGUGACUUGAAGGAGGGAGGACAUUUUCCGUGUUGUUUUAAUAUUUGUACCUAUUUUCUCUUUGAGAAUGUUAACAAAUAACAUGUUCUUAGACAGUUAAAUUU